AUGACCGAGGAGAAUAAAUCCUUUACCGAGCAUCCGUGCAGCCCGGCGGGCAGCGGCAGCUCCAUGUCCCUGCACGAGUCGGAUUCAGAGGCCCCGGCCUCUCCGGCGGGCUCCGACGGACACGGGCCAGCGCAUCCGCCCGGGAUUACGCACAAGGCGGAGAGCGGCUCCGGGGACGAGCGCUUCCCCGCCUGCAUCCGCGACGCGGUGUCGCAGGUGCUGAAAGGGUACGACUGGUCGCUGGUGCCGAUGCCGACUCAGGGGGAGAGAGGACCGAAGAGCAAACCUCACGUGAAACGGCCCAUGAACGCCUUCAUGGUCUGGGCGCAGGCGGCGCGGAGAAAGCUGGCGGAUCAGUAUCCGCAUCUGCACAACGCCGAGCUCAGCAAGACGCUGGGCAAACUGUGGAGGCUGCUCUCUGAGACGGAGAAGCGUCCCUUCAUCGAGGAGGCCGAAAGGCUCAGGCUGCAGCACAAGAAAGACUACCCGGACUACAAGUACCAGCCUCGGAGACGCAAGAGCUCCAAGCCGGGCCAGGGCGAGCCCAGAGCCGGCCUGGGGCAGCAGCAGCCGGGCCUGUACAAGAGCGAGACGGGGGUGGGCAGGCUGGUCGGCCCCGGGGACGCGCAUCAUCACUACCAUCCCGACCGGACAGGUCAGUCCCACGGCCCUCCAACGCCGCCCACCACCCCGAAAACAGAGCUGCACCUCGGGAUCAAACACGAGGGCCACCGGCAGCUGGACGGCAGCACCGGGUCCAUCCCCGCCGCCGGUCGCCAGAACAUCGACUUCAGUAACGUGGACAUUUCCGAGCUCAGCACCGACGUCAUCGGCACCAUGGAAGGGUUCGAUGUCCACGAGUUCGACCAGUACCUGCCCGUCAGCAGCCACGGCUCCACGGCCUUAACCCCGCCAGAUACCGGCCAUGGACCCAGCAACCCUUCAGGAGCCUUCGUCCCGUCCAGCAGCCACUCACACCUUCACAGCGUUCCCUCUUGGGUGCCUAAAAAUGGCGGGACGGCCGCCGGAGUAGCACCUUCCUCUUCCAAUCACGACGCCCAUGGGCUUCACGCUGAUGCCAACCACAGACCUCAGAUCAAAACAGAGCAGAUGAGCCCCGGGCACUACAGCAGCCACUCCACCCACUGCUCCUCCUCCUCCACUCCUCCCCCACCACCACCACACCAACCUGAAUACACCUCCCUGACCCCGGGUACCUGCCCUUCGUCCUCCUCUUCCUCCUCGGUCAGCCAGUGUGACUACACCGAUCUGCAGAGCCCCAGUUUCUACAGCGCCUUCUCCGGCUACCCCGCCGGCCUGUACCAGUACCCGUACUUCCACUCGUCCCGGAGGCCGUACGCCACGCCGCUCAUCAACAGCCUGGCCUUGGCCCCGCCCCCUCACAGCCCGCCAGCAGGCUGGGAGCAGCCGGUGUACACCACGCUCACCAGGCCGUGA